AACGACAAACUAAAGCCAAACCAUCAGGGGGCAGUAGGCACGGAGGAAGCAAACGGUGUCCUCCUGCUUACAGUGGCUGCAGUGUUCGUUGUCUCAGACGUUUGUCCUUUUUUCAACGAGAGCGCGCUGUACUACGCGGUUCACUCUUAGAGACAGCCACAGUCCACCUGCAGAUCGUAGGCCGGGCCGUCAUUCAGCAAUAUUAGCCCAUAACAAUAAUGACAUAUCAAUAAGCAGCAGGCUGCAGGGCAACGAGACAAUAACAGAAGGCAGUGAGAGAUAGGAACACAACAGUGAGGUCUCCUGCGCAGCCAUUUCCCUCAUACUUGAUAUAACACGGAGAAGUACACAACAUCCAGCGGGGAUCUCCCUUCCUCCGAAAUCUACAUCUGAGAGGCUGCGCUCUCGUCUCGCGUCUACAACAGAUCGCGUUUGCUCCUCCCACUGCCGUUGCCUUCGAGGUUGUUGCUGCUGUUAACCUACUGUUAUUACUAUUGUGGCUGGCACUGCUCAAUGAUUGUGUUAACUCCGGUUGAAUUCUUCGCUUGUCGGCGCCACCGCCACCGCCGCCGCCGCAGUUGCACCUGGAGCCUUUCUGCAGGCUCACCUUUUUAUGUGGACAUUGUUGCCUCAUGUGUAACUUCGUAAGUAAGUUCUCCAUUAGCUCAUGUUUUUCGCCUCUAUGUAUGUAGACGUCUAAAUCGUGUGCAUAAGUGAAUGGUGCUGGCGUGUGUUAUGUUGGAUGCAGGUACUGCCGCUUGUAGGUUUGCCCACGUCAAACGGGCCAACGUAUCGACGAGGCCACUACGGUCUUAAGGAACAACUCAAAAAGGAACAGCUUGAAGAGAAAAACGUCUGGCGGUAGUAGACGAUGGCGGGUAAUAAUUGUGUACGAAGCGAUCUGCUGGUCAGGUUUACGGAGCUUUCAAGUUUUUAUUGUUUUGUUUAGCCCUUGAUGAUGCAAAGGAGUAUAGAGGUAUUUUCAGAAAAACGGUACGGACUACAACCGUUAUAGGAAGGCUAACAUAUAGAAAUUUGGUGGCCAAAAACACUAGCCGGAUUUCGAGCACACGCUUGUACGAUACCAUCAGUGUACGAGGGCAACGACAAACAUACUAGCAGUACAUGACAAAAUAAGAACGGUCACUUUAAUAACGAGCAACGACGCCGCAGAGAACGGACGGAUGAAUGAACCCGCUGAAGGAUCAGCUUUUAAGAAGAGAACGGUCUCGAGCCUCACAUCCAUCUUCAAAUCGUAAGAAAGAAAAGGCAAAUAAAAACGACUCACCUCCGCUUGUUUUAAUUGACAAAUGCUGGUGUAUCACUGGCGACCUGUCUCGUUCAGUUGUGUCUUUCAUCUAUGAAACAUCGCCACAUAGGAUGCCCCGGCACUCAGUCGGCCCCAGUUCGUGCCUCAUGCAAAACCUCUAAGCCUUUUAGGCAGCAGCACAGCUGCACCUCGUCAUUAUUACGGGCCGCUGAAAGCCACUAAAGGCUUUUGGAUUAGACAGCCUUGCCUUGACGCAUUCGCUUUAACCAUCCGAUCGACCAACGUCAACCUACAGGAUGCCACAAGUCGUAAUGCUAUUGACGCUCGCGUCGCUGCCCCUAUCUACAGGAUGCGUUUCCGCUCCCGAGAUUCCUGUCACGCGUACGCCACUUAGUGGGAACGACAAUAUGACAAGCUCAACAGGCAUCACCAAGGCGGUAGCUGUAACGUUACCUACGACUACAGGCCAUCAUAGUCGACAAGGUGGAGCAGGGCAAGUUUCGAAUAGGCAGGGGGCUUCUCAUGUUCGACCUGGCAAAGACGUGGCCUUACCUUGUCGCCUGUUGCCUUGGAGCGGUUACCGUGCCGAAACCUCACGGACGUAUUACGCGCUUAGCAACAGCUCUGUCUGGGUACACCAAGCUGACUCAGGUGGCUGGACUGAACUCCGCUCAACGUUAGUAUCAUCGUUUGUUGAUGGAUGGAAGGUCCGCUGCGAACUUCCUACAGAUCAAGUCAUUGCAGUAGCCAAUGCUUCGUCCGUUCUGGUCUACCAUCGCGCCUCAGCAAAAUGGUGGAACCUGAGUGGAACGGAAGCGGAGUCUCGACCUGAAGAUGCUAAACUCGUCUGGUGUUACAAAGGGGCCGUGCACGUGUAUUCGGCAAUCAAAAGACAUCUUUUACGACAUGAUACCCGCUCGUUGAAGGUGAUCGUCUCCACCACGAACUCACUGCCGUUGAACUACUCGAUCAGUCCAGAGACACGACUGUACUAUUGGUUCUUGUCCAAUGGGUCACAGCUGUAUGCACUCAUUGAACGACCUAGAAAUGCAUCUUCAGUGUGCAACUGCUCGCUUCUUAUGCAAAGUUCAACGGAGCAGUCUGAGCUCAGUUGGAGCAUCGUCGAUCAAUGGAGCCAUACAACGCAAACUACGAAACCCAGCCCCAGCGAUGAGGCGCUGACGUGGAGCGACGGAACGCAAUCUCUCUGGUUAUGGCCUGGAACGAUGCGCGACCAUAUUCAUAUUAAUACAACUACUCCAAGGCCCCAACAGGGCUCUGAACUGUGGCAGUUCGAACUCGAGAGCCGCAUUUGGCGGAAACGAUCACUCGACGCUCAUGAUAAUAGUAAUAACAAUAUUCAUCAUAAUUACAUUUCUAAUUUAAAGGGUAGUAACACUUACGAAAACAACCAAUACUCAGCCAGCAUGUUACAUCGGCGCGUCAACUCCUCGCAAAAACCAAAUACAGGAGAAAGUGGUGCUCCACUUAUGGGCUGGACAGACGGCUCCAGAACAUGCGGUCUAUUCAAUCUGGGCGAGUGCCGAGAGCCCUUCAGCCUUGUACGGCCUGUGUGUUUACAAGUGGCUGGUUUAACAAACCCAGUUCGCCGGCCCGGUAAUAAUAAGGGUGUGGCAAAAGGUCCAAAAACGCGUCCUUCGAAACGACCACCACGGGUUCAACUUUUAUCUACGAUGCGGCCUCCGCCCACGCACCCGAGCAAUGUUACCCCACCGCGAACAAUCACAGAUCAUACUACACCGUUCAGUACGAGCUCGUCAGCAGGAUCAGUGGCUUUGUGGUCGGACGAAGCAGCUGCUGUGGACACCGAAAAUUCAGUGAUAGCUGUCACCACUGAGGAUCUUGCUGACGAGGAGGUUGAUGGGGACGAGCUCGAUCUUGAGCUUGGUUCGCCGUGGCACGAUUCGGAAUCAGGUGUAUUCGAUUCAGUUGUUUUCUGCGCUACUUCAGCGGUAGCAUUAUGCCUCGUAUCGGCGCUAUGGUGCGUACGUCACUGCGCGCCGUUUCCAAAAGAAGCUCUGCUUCCUCUUCGUGACCCGCCAUCCGUCCGGUACACAGCAAUUCCAGAUCAUACGCUUGCCUGAUUUUGUCCGGAGGGGGUGGACCCCUGGGAUGACGAGGCAGAUCGCGUGGGCGCUGGUAUCGCUUCAAUGGGCGGCCUUACGCCCUUCGCGACGCCCUCGAGUCCCGUUCCACCACCGCCCCCUCCGCUGGACUCAAUUCUUGACACUGCUCGUCUGUUACAGCAACGAGACUGCGAUUAAGAAAAGAGAAAUCGUAAAUAAACACCAAGGAAGGCAAUUACCGCUCCUUCGUUAUGGAGGAAAGCAAAUUCCUGGCAGUGUGAUGUUCACAGUUUCAAGCCGAUCGUAUCUCGUCAUUUAUGGACGUAGAAAUAACGAGCUAUGGGGUGACCUUAUCAGCUAAUAUGGAUACCGUUCUGCAAUCUCGUAAUCGAAGUGACAGUCAGUGGACAUUUCAGAUUAUACGUAACACGAUAGUUCUUGAGGAUGUCUUUUUGAGGAAUACGUGAGUCUUUUUGAGAAAUACGAGGAAGCCUUGAUUAUUUUAAAAAGAAAGUUUUUAGCCUUCCCCCGAUUACUCUCGGCUUCCUCUGAUGACCGAAGAUGAAGGAAACCGCUCUGUGUAGGACAAAUCGUACCGGAUUUACUGUACACAAUGCAAUUGUUAAGUUCGUGCAAAUACGCAGAAUGAAUAAAUCGACAAACUUACCUACUGCCGAGCUAGUGAAAUUUAUCGUCGGAUAGGAAAGGACAUCGUUUGAAAGGGCGCGAAUCAUGAUAUCACACUAUGGGACGCUUCUAGGGUCAGGUUUACAGGGACGAGCGUGUGCCAAGUGUAGUACUGGUAGAAGCCAUGGGCCUUUUAUGAUGCUGCCAGGGCAAACGUAAAGCAGAAUUGGUCGCACAAACACACUCAUCCAUCCAUCCAUGGUUCAGGUUGAACAUUUUAGAAUAUUUCUCAAGAUGAUAGCCGCCGAGCUGGUGAAUAUAAUAAAGGCAGGUGCGGGCUUUUUCCUUCAUGAACUAAAAUUACCUAAAAGGGCUUAAUGUAUCUACGUAGGACGAUUAAUACUAAAAGAGGAGAAGGUUGCAGCUAUUGGAAAAAACGUACGCCAAUUGUAACCUCUUGUACAUAAUUAAAGGAGUAUAUAGAAAUGCAAACGUUCGAAUGACGAAGUGCGCAUCCCCGUUCAAAUAGAUCCCUUGUCAGCGUCCAGUGUUGUAAAUAGCGGCAUGUAAUCUACAAGCACGAACACUAACUUACGUGAUCAAGUUAUUAUGCCGAUACAUGACUAUACCUCAAGGUCAUACUUCAGACAGUUGCCUCAAUAGAAAUAGCGUUGCGUUACUGUGCAAUCAGAGUAUAAGUACGGGCCUGAUAAGCCUGCAAGACGCUAACAGUCACCUAUAGCGCACGGGCUGGCCGCAACGUUGUAACGAUAUGUUCAGAAUAUUCUAUUUUGAAGCAGAAUGUAACUCUAUUAGAAUAAUGUAGCAUAUGCUAAAUAAGCAGUGCCAAUGGAUAAACACCGUUGUCUGUGUCACUGUUAUCGUUACGGAGCUAAGGGCAUCAAACGCACUCUGGCUAACCAAACGAUUUUCGAAAAAACACAGCCAUAUGUUUAUCGAGGUAUAUACAAACACGCAUUCAGGAGUUUGUAACAGCGAAUUUGACUAAUGCCUUUUGCAGACGAGGAAGUGUUUUCUUUUCUUUUCUUUUACGUAAGACUGAAGUAUGUAUUCUUACGCAAUAUUAUUAUCGACUGCCUAGUAAAAAAAAAAAGCAGAGACACAAAAGAAUUGUGUUCUGAAGGGGGACCCCGACGCUUAAAUACGGGAAUACAAUUCUGUCCUGUCACAUAAGUAUGUUAAUGUUAGAUACACAUGUUAAUAAA